AAACCACUCAAAUGGACACAAAAGGAUGAUGAUUUGAUUAUCAGGUUGCGGAGCGAGAGGAAAAAAUGGAGUGAAAUUGUAAAAGAAUUACCUGGAAGAAGCAGUAUUGGCUGCCGACUACGGUACCAAAACUACCUCGAGAAACCACAUGUUUAUGGCGAGGAGGUAAGAGACAAGUUGGCAAGAUUCUACAUUAGUCAUAGUCUUGAAAUGUGGAAAGAGAUUGCUGCAAUAAUGGGCAUACCCGCGAAGGCUGCCGAGGCGUUGCACUGGGAGCUUGGAGAGAAGGGUAUAGAAGAGCAUGCGAAAAGGCCAGUC